AUGAAUAAGACCAAGUCAGAUGAAGAGUCCCCAUCCUCUUCCCUGCCGAUGCAGGUCGGUGAAGUCCGGGAGGAUCCCACCUAUGUCCACGAUGCCGUCUUCGGAGAAAUCACGGAGGAUGGCCCCAAUUAUCGUGAUGUCGGGUGGUUGGGAACGGUUGCUCUCAUGAUGAAAACGCAAAUUGGACUCGGCGUGCUCUCAAUCCCCAGCGCCUUCGACACGUUGGGGAUUGUGCCCGGCAUUAUCACGCUAUGUGGCAUCGCCAUCACCACGACCUGGUCGGACUAUAUCAUCGGUGUCUUCAAACUUCAGCAUCGUGAGGUCUACGGGAUCGACGAUGCCGGGGGCCUGAUGUUUGGCCAGAUCGGCCGGGUGGUCUUUGGUGUUGCUUUUUGCCUUUAUUGGACAUUCGUGGCCGCAUCCGGUAUUCUGAGCGCUUCGAUAGGACUGAACGCCGUCUCGUCCCAUGGAGCGUGCACCGCCAUCUUCACCGUCAUCGUUGCCAUCGUGGGCUUUGGCCUUGGGAGUAUUCGGACACUGGGCCGCCUGUCCUGGCUGGCGUGGGUCGGACUAAUAUGCAUCUUAACAUCCAUUAUCAUCUUGACCAUCUCGGUAGGCGCUCAAGAUCGCCCGUCUGCGGCACCCAAGGACAUUCCCUGGGUUUCGGACUAUAAGCUUGUCGGCAAUGGAACUUUUGUAGAGACAAUUUCGGCCGUCUGUCGACUGGUUUUCGCUUUCACCGGCACUCCUGCCUUCUUUCCAAUCAUUUCCGAAAUGCGUGACCCGCGGUACUAUACGCGCGCCCUGCUGAUUUGCCAGGGGACCGUUGUUGCCGUCUACAUUGCAAUCGGCUGUGUUGUAUACUGUUACUGCGGAUCGUAUCUCGCCUCGCCUGCUCUAGGCUCGGCCGGAGUGCUGAUGAAGAAGAUUUGCUAUGGGUUCGCGUUGCCUGGCUUGCUUGUGACCACGAUGCUGGUGGUUCAUCUUCCGGGGAAGUAUAUCUUCGUGACCAUCCUGCGUGGUUCGCGGCACCUCACGGCGAACACCAUGACUCACUGGGGCACUUGGCUGACGUGCACGUUUGGCAUCACCGUGGCCGCUUAUAUCAUCGCCAGCGCCAUCCCAGUCUUUGACGACCUCGUCGCUCUCGUCGGUGCAUUACUCGGAACCCUGAUGGCUUUCCAGCCCAUGGGUUGCAUGUGGCUCUACGACAACUGGGGUAUAUUUAGAGCACACAGAACGCCGAAACUUACGUUUCUGGUGUGCUGGAGCGUGCUUGUAGUAUUAUUGGGCUCGUUCCUUACUGUGUGCGGCACGUAUGCGUCCAUUGUCACCAUAAUCAACAGUUACAACGCCGCCGGGGGAUCAACUGUCUGGUCUUGCGCCGACAAUAGCAACUCCGUGUAA